UAAUGUUCCGAUGUUGGAGAGACAUCACUGGAAAAUGAAGGCAGAGAAUGUGUUACGGUUUGUGGACAUAGAGCUGGGUGUGGGCGAUCAGAUGGCAUAUGAUCUCUUCCACUAUGUGCAACCAGGCAACAGACAGAUCAUGGUCGUGGUGUCUUCACGUAGAGUGGUGGGACUUAUUAUCGCUGAAAAGAUGGAGUGGGCGAAUCGGAUUCUGAUGGAGACAGAGAGAUAUCGAGACCUAGAAGAGGAUCCGGUUCCGGUUCGGGUCGGUGUAAACCGAUUGUGGAUCCAUGUCAGCAUGAGGAGACAGCACUUGGCCACCUGUCUCUGCCAUCUUGUGAGGAAAAUGUUUUAUGAAGAUGAAGAACUACAACUGAAAGAUUUUGCCUUCAACGACAUCUCUGAUGCAGGAGUAGCAUUUGCUAAAAUGUUCCUUAAAACCAACGCAGUGCCCUUAUAUAGUGGAAAAACUGGAAUGCGGCAAUAAUAGCUCAUAUACAGUACAAUUCCAUUUUAAGCUAUUUGAAAAUAGAAGCGGAAUACAGUGGACCAAACUAUUGUGUAAAUAUUUAUUACACAUUAUA